AUGGGUUACUUGAAUGAUCUCCACUACAGGAGAACUCUUAACCCAAUGAAUGGUCAUAUAGAAGACGACAACAAACGAUGCUGUAAAAUUAGCUUCGCUUUGACAGCGCAUCUACGACCAUUUAAGAUAUUCAUUGAAUAUAGUUAUGAAUGCAACAACAACGGCAAAGCAAAAAAUUCUACACCUCUCUUUACACUACUUGAACAGCAAAAUAAAAUUAUUGAUUGGAAUACUAGAAACGCAGUGCUUCGUGUCGACGGAAAAGAUCAGCUUGACAAAUUACGACGGAUAGUUCAGCAACAAUUACAGCGGUCGAAAUACGAAAGCAAGAUUGCUGGUUUCAAAAAUGAGCAAAUUAUGGAAGCGCCUAACCAUCCGAUCAUUAAGCAAACCGCAAGAAAACACUACCGUCUUCAAAAUCCUGGCGAACAAUUUCAUCAUAGAUGUGAACAUGUUCGAAAGAGUAACGAUGAUUCAGUACGCUCUCGUGCGUUUAGACUUGCAGGAAUAGAAAAAAGGGGAAGUUAUGGCGAGGAGAUAAAAGAAGUGGUAGGUAAAGUUUUUAAGGAAAAAGGGCUCUUUUUAGACGGCAAUGAAGUUGACGAUAGAUUAAACAAUAAUCGUUUUGAUAUAUUACAAAAGGACGGUAGCCAAAAGGUCGAAGCACCGUCUUUAGUCAAAGAAGAAACCGAAGAGCAAUUUGCUUUAGUAGAAGAUAAGGGAAGUUCACAUAAUGAAGCUGAUGCACCGGUACCAAUGACAUUACCGCAUAAUUGUGGAGGUUUUGCAGUAUUGGCCACUCGCGAAGGAAGACAACCGCAAGUAUGGAAUCACUUGGACCUAGAAAGAAAUAUACUCGCGGAACAAAAACAACGUCAACAAGAGUUACAACUUCCGCCUCAACUGCAGCCUCAGCAACUGCAAUCACAUCAGUUAUCAUAUGAGCGACGGCAAUUGCAGAUAGAGAUUCCAGAGCAAUCUUCCUUCAAUAUGUGUAUGAUACCAUGUAUUUCAGGGCCGACUCCUAUUUCUCCUAUAUACCCAUGGAAUAAUGCACAAGACUCAAAUCACCAAUUCCAGCGUUUUAAAAAUCCCUGGAAGGAUACAGCUCGUAUACAAGGACAGGAGCAGCAACGAUUACAGUGGUUACAGCAGAACCAAAAUUAUUAUUGUAACGGUACUGAGCAAAUGCUAAUACGACAACAAGCCUUUUUUGCUCAAGCUCAGCUUCCUCGCGUCGUUCUCCCGCCUAUUGACGAGCGGCGACAAUUCCGUCCACAUCAUCAGAUAAAUGGACUACAAUUACUUGGCGACAAAUGGCCAAAGCUACAACAACAACAGCAGCAGCAGCAGAAACCGAAUAAUACAGUUCCACAAUCACUGGAAUUGCUCAUCGAGGUCAAUUUGGAACAAAUACAACCUGUUUUGAACCACUAUCUCAAUGGGAAGAAGAAGGUUAUUAUGACUGACCCCAUGAAUUUUUUGACAACUGAUAAUGAGGUAGUAGGAGAAGGAGUUGCAGGCGCUGUUAUUGUUGUUCGAACCAAAAGGAAGCGACCAGAGCAAACUGCACGAGAGCUUGUGAUGAAAACAACAGUUAUUACCGACUAUAAAUUGAAUGGCCGUAUUAAACUGUUCGAUGCUACGUUGCCUGCUCGUGAAGUUGUUGCAAUGAGUUUAAACCACCCGAAUUUAAUGACUUUGGAUCAAGUCUAUUUGCACCAAAAUAAAAUCUUCAUUGUAAUGCAACGGAUGCUCGGUACUUUAAUGGACUUUAUGUCCAAGUACGGAACAUUUACCGAACCUUUCGCUACUCACAUUAUCUACGAGGUUACCAAAGGCUUGGCGUAUCUGCAUGAAAGUGGGUUUAUCCAUGGAGAUAUCAAAGCGGAAAAUGUCCUUGUUAGCCAAAAAGGGGAAAUCAAACUGGCUGAUUUUGGUCAUGCAGGCCUUAUAGGCCAGCCCGAGUUGGCAUUUAGAGGUACUCCUAGAUUUAUUGCUCCCGAAGUAGCGGAUGAAACGAAAUACUGGGACAAAAGUGCUGAUUUAUGGUCUUUGGGCAUUAUGAUGAUAGAACUAAUUGAUGGCAGCGCUCCUAAGGUAGAUCCUGAUAUCGAUCCAAAUAACAUUGAAACCUUAAUGCAGGCACAUGCUUCAAUUAUUACUGCACCACAGCCUGUAAACCCUUCUGUAACUCUCAAAUACAAGACAGCAAUGAACCAGAUACUGCAAAUUCGUCCCACCGCCCGUGCUACUGCUCAAGAAUUCGAAAAAUAUUUAAGAAACGCUAUUUCCACAGGAAUUUUGAGUAGUGCCAGUAAAGAAGAUAUUCGACAAUUACUGACAGUCUCUCCACCACCAACUGCCUCUAUUGCUGCAGCUUCUACUGUUGCAGCUUCUUCUUCAGCUUUUUCUGCGUCUGCUGCUAACGUUGAUUCUUUAACUUCUGCUGUUAGUUCGCCAUUUGAAGGGGUUUUUUGUGAAUGA